UUGUCUCUUUCCAGUCAUUAUAGAGAGAAAUUUGCAGAGUGAGGUAUCUAGUGUUUGUGUGUGUGAGUGAAAAUGAUGAGGAUUAGAAUGGUGACGGUGAUGGUGGUGGUGGUGGGGUUUCUAACGACGAGCGCGGCGGCCAAGCUGCAUAAGGUGGGAGACGAACAAGGAUGGAAUCCGAACGUCAAUUACACUCAAUGGUCCGCCGAUAAGGAAUUUUACGUCGGUGAAUGGCUCAUAUUUAAUUUCGACAAGAGGUACUACACUGCACUGGAGGUGAACAAGACCAGUUUUGACAGCUGCAAUGACAAAGUUUUCAUAACCAACAUCACCCGUGGCGGGCGAGAUGUGUUUGAACUGAAGGAGGCUAGGCCGUACUACUUCCUCUCAAGCGGAGGCUACUGCUACCAUGGAAUGAAACUUGCUCUUGUUGUCCAAGAACAGCCCCCGCUUGCUCCGGCACAGGCUCCAGCCCUGAAUGCUUCUCCCAAUUCAUUAACCUCCUGCGCUAAAAUCUCCAUUCUGUCCCUCAUUGUGGUUUCCUUUGCUUUGAUGACCAACUUUAGUUGGUAAGUCUUGCAAAUUUGACUUUUAGAAAACAAGAAAACAGCAAAUGGGAUUGUAUUCAAAGUGAUGUUUAUGUGACUUGGGAUUGUGCUAGGCUGAUGAAGCAUUUUCUCAUUUAAUUUUUUUGGCUCGCUUGUGCUUAAUAUAUCUAGGCAUGCA